GCUAUAAAAAUUCAUGAGCUACCAUCUUAUCUUACAACAACCGCAUCUUCUUCAAUCUCAAUUCUCAAUUUUCAAAUCACACAUUAAUUCAAAUCAAGAAAAAAUUAAUGGAGAACUCAAUGGGGAGACAUGAAACCGAGAUGAAUUUUAAGGCUACGGAAUUAAGGUUGGGAUUACCCGGAGUCGAUGAGAUGGAGAAAGUUCCAUCUAAUUACUCUGUUCUUAGAAGCAACAAGAGAUCUUCACCAGAAACAAGUGAGGUUGAGUCCAUUAACAAGACCAAUUUGAAUACUUCUAAUACCAUAUGUCAUGACCAAGACAAUGCUCCACCUUCAAAUGGUGUAUGCAGGGCACAAGUAGUGGGAUGGCCACCAAUAAGAUCUUAUAGAAAGAAUAGCUUGCAACAAAAGAAAGGGGAAGAAGUUGGGAUGUAUGUGAAAGUGAGCAUGGCUGGUGCACCUUAUUUAAGGAAGAUAGAUCUAAAAGUUUACAAGAGUUACUCAGAACUCUUAAAGGCUUUGGAAAAUAUGUUCAAGUGUACAUUUGGUGAAUAUUCAGAAAGAGAAGGAUACAAUGGAUCUGAAUUUGCUCCAACUUAUGAAGACAAAGAUGGUGAUUGGAUGCUUGUUGGAGAUGUUCCUUGGGAAAUGUUUAUGUCCUCCUGCAAGAGGUUGAGAGUUAUGAAAGGAUCAGAAGCAAAGGGAUUGGGUUGUUUUUGAAACGAAAAAGAUAUCAAAGAAGAAAAGUGAUGCCAUUCGAGAGAUAAAAAGAUUAGAGAAAUAUAGAAACUUCUAUUUUCUUUUAUUCAUUUAUUUUCACAUCAAGUUGGUCUGCUUCUUUAAGUAUACAUUAUGAAUCAUUGAAACAAGAAUGGAAAAUAGAAAUGGAAAGAGAGAAUAAGAAGCAAAUUCUAUUUUAAAUUGUACAGAGGAUAUAUACAUACAUAAUACUAUUUCAUUUUGUCUUAUGUUAUCUAUUUACAUGUAUAAAUAAAUUAUGUAUACAGAGAGAGAGGAUAGAUCCAGAAGACGGAACUUCCAUUCUAUCUCUUUCUUUUUUUUCUCUCUUCAUGUUGCUUGGUUCGUUUGAUCUAUGUUUCUUUUUACUUCAUUUCAAUUGUUGUAUUUUUUUUUUAUAAGCAAUUUCAAGUGUUGUAUUAAACCAUCGUU